CAUUUUUCUACUUAGCGAAGACGGGUGCCGCAAAGAAGGGUUUCGUCGCUUCAGGGUCUCUGCUUCCACUUCUCAGCAGCGGGUGUGUGGAGACGAGCGCGAGAAGGGGAGUUGAUAAGAAGGGAGAGAGGAGGAGGAAGAGGAUGAACGGCGGAGGUGGCGGGGGAAGCAGGGGUAACGGCGCCGUGUCGGCAGCAGAGAUUCCUUCUGGGGUGAGGAAGAUGGUGCAAAGUCUCAAGGAGAUCGUGAACCUUCCCGACCAAGAGAUCUAUGCUACGCUCAAGGAGUGUGGGAUGGAUCCUAGCGAGGCCGUGCAACGACUUCUCUCUCAAGAUUCUUUUCAUGAAGUGAAGAGCAAACGCGACAAGAAGAAGGAGAUGAAAGAGCCCCCUGAUUCCAGGUCUCGAACCGCAACUAACAAUUCUGGUCGCGGAGUUCGGGCCAUCUCUGAUCGUGUGCCUCGAUCUAGCUCCACCCAAACCAAUUCAAAUGGUUAUUAUGAAAGCAGUCGUGGUAGAAAAUCAACAAUUACGAGCAAAAGUGCAGCUUCGGAAAAUCUUCCGCAGGUAAUUGGCUCAGUUAAUGGGAGUUCUCAGCACUCUCAACCACCAUCAGCGUAUCCACAUACUUGGGCUGGGAUGCCUGGACAUGUUUCCAUGGCUGAUAUUGUUAAAAUGGGUAGGCCUCAAGGCAGGCUGUCUACUUCAAAAGUUCAUGUUUCUCAUAAUCAUGCAGCAUCAGAUUCAAGUGACAAGUAUUCAGUGAAUCCAGUUCGGCUACCUGAGUUGGAUCAGAGAGUCCAUAUUUCUGAUGAGUUUGUUGAGGAUAUAGAUAUUGAAACUGAAACAACUAGGAAUGUGCAUGUUUCUGAUGAUGGUUGGCCCUCUGUUGACCAGCCCAAUUGUGGAACUGCUUCAGCCAUUCUGGAAACUUCUGGAGCUGCUACCUCUUAUUCUGAUGCAUCUAAGGUUGAAUUGGUUGUUGAUGAACCUCUGUUGCAUCAGGCUUUAAAUGAAGAUGAAAACCAGGAGCUGGAUCAAAGUUCUAAUUUUGAAAGUUUACCAGAAUCUGAAUCUGUAUCUGAUAGAGAAAUUCAGGCGAACAGUUCUGAAGAUUUAUCCAAAGUCAAUGAUGGCUCACCACAAAAUAUGAGUGUUUAUUCGUCCCAAAGGCAUUUAUUUGAGAAGCAAGACGAAGAUGUCGAUGUAGAAAUUUCAUCAGCUGCUGCAGAUUUGCAGAAUGUCAAACUGCAAAAUGAUAAUCUAACUGCACCAUCUUUGGAGGAUAAUCCUGCUGUAAUAAUUCCUAGACAUCUGCAGGUUACUAAUGCUGACUGCUCGCAUCUGAGCUUUGGUAGUUUUGGGUCUGGAUUAGGCUCUUCCUUUUCUGGAUCAUCACUACAAAAACCGCUGCAUGAUCAUUCAGAGGCCACUAAGGUCCCCGAUGAAGUUCCGUCAAUUGAUCAUUCAGAAGCCAGGAACUCUAACUACUAUGAUAAUGAUGAACUAAAAUCCCAAAUAAAUGAAGACGCAGUUUCAAGUGGCGUUAUGAAUACUGUGAAUUAUGAAAUGCCUUCAGCUUCAGAAUCUGAGCUCAUCAGGGAUGAUACAGUGAAUAAUACACAUGAACUGCAAUACAGUUUUCCUUCAUUAUCUGGUUAUGGGGCUUCAACAUCAGCGCAACACAGUGCUACUGCAUUUUCCCAUCCACAAACUAAUUUACAAAUGCAAAAUUUUACCUCUUUGUCAACUCUAAUGCAACCAUAUACUAGCUCCUUACCAAGCAGUUUAUUGGCACCCACUCUUCAACCCCUUAGAGAUAUUGAUCUUCCUUUUUCAUCUUUACUUGCAUCCCAAUCACUGUCCACAAAACACAGUGCAACAAACUCUAUUAGUGGGCCGUCCAAUUCCAUUCAUGAGCAGAAGGCAAGCGUGUUCUCCAAUCUCCAGCAAGUUCCUCAAAGCUCCUCCGGCUCUAAUCUUCCUGCUGGCCAUGCAAUACCUCAACACCUUCAUAUCAAUCCCUAUUCUCAAGCAACGCUACCUUUAGGUCCAUUUCCUAAUGUGAUUAGCUAUCCAUUCCUUCCUCAGAGCUACACUUACCUGCCUUCAGCUGCUUUCCCUCAAGCUUACACUACCAACGGUGCCUUCCAUCAGUCUUCAUCAGCCGUUCAUAAUGCUGGCUUAAAAUAUACACUCCCACAGUAUAAAAGUAGCUUAUCAAUGACCAGCUUACCGCAGCCUGCUGCUGUGGCCUCCACAUAUGGAAAUUACAAUGGUUCUGCUAAUAUUCCUGGGAAUUUUGUCUUGAAUCCGUCAACUACCUCCACAAGCACGACACUAGGAUUCGACGAAGCAUUAAGUGCUCAGAAAGACGCGGCGCAUUACCUCCACCUUCAGCAGAAUGAGAGCUCACCAAUGUGGGUCCAUAACGGCAGUUCGAGAACUGUGUCGCCUCUUCCCCCCAAUACAUUCUUUGGCUUCCAAGGGCAGAGUCAGCUCAACAACUUCCGGCAGGCCCAGCAGCCCCCUCACUAUGGAGCGAUGGGCUAUGUUAACUUAUAUCAGAAUCAUCAGCUAGGUGGUGGUCAGUCUCAGGAGCAUCAACCGAAUCCUGGUGAGCCCAACCUGAAUGGUUCUCAGGGCAAUCCCUCUCAGCCCUCUCACCAGAUCUGGCAGCAUGGUUACUGAUGCAGAUUGUUCCAAGUUUAAGCAGACUGUGCUUGAGAAGUUUGAUGGCCUGUCAAUGUGUGUUACGGUUUGAUCAUGCGAAGGCUCAGUAGAGUGUUUUAGUCUGAUCAACUGUAUAUAUACUUGAGUUAUGUUGCAGGCUGUUAUUGUUUGCCUCGAGCUUCAUGUAUUUUAGGCGUUGAGUGGUUCCUGGUUUGUAGUGUGUUGUGUGUGGGAGUAAUUUAGAAUGUUUUUGUUGGUGCGUUUUGAGUGAGACGUUUAUAUGGACUUUUGUUCUGUUGUCUUUAGUUUAAGUUAAUCUAACCAGCUUCUGAUUUCUAA